AACACAGAGGCACUGCCACGUAAUUACGGGUCUCUCUUUCAUUUAGGGAGGGAGGGAGAAAGCGAGGGGGAGAGGGAGAGGGGUGAGGCGGUAACGUCCUGCCUCCUGCGCCAGGCUGCCGCUGAGCGAGCUUUGCGCACACACGGAGCUUUGCGCAUCUGGUCGUCAUCAUCUUCAUCAGCAGCAGCAGCUCUUCCUGCUCAGAUGUGACUCAACCAGAGUGGGAAGAGAGCUUCUUCUUCUUUUUCCUCUUCUUUUUUUCCCUUCUUCUUCUCAGAGGACUCCGCUGACCCGCGAAAGUCGCUCUCGGGCAGGACAGCAGGACAGACCGACGCUCUUCUUCCUCGCUGGAUGGAUUGACUGUAGCAGUUCGCUCGGGACAAAAGUUUGCUCGCGUUCGUUUGCGCCUCCGCGGCGGGUGUGGAUGUGAGCAGCUCGGAGAGCGGUGGUUCCUGGAGGCGCUGCUGCCUGUGCGCUCUGCAUGCUCCUCGGCUCGCCGUGAUUCUCCUCUUCCUCCUGUGCCGCUGCGUUUCUUCCCGCUGUUCCCCACUUGCGUCAUGACUUCUAGCUAUGCACAUGUAAUGGACAGGCAAGCCACGAUAUCAAACCGCCUGGAGAGCCCGAUCACGUCUAACCUGGACAACCUGCAAGCCAAAAAGAACUUCUCGGUCAGCCACUUGUUGGAUCUGGAAGAGGCCGGGGAAAUGGUGGGCACCCAGGCGGACGAGAGCGUCGGGGAGGCGGGGAGGAGUAUGCUGGAGUCCCCGGGUCUGACCAGCGGGAGCGACACGACCCAGCAGGAGAAUGAACAGAUGAACACGGAGGAGAAGAAGAAGAGGAAGCAGCGCAGGAACAGGACCACCUUCAACAGCAGCCAGCUGCAGGCUCUGGAGAGAGUGUUCGAGAGGACGCACUACCCCGACGCCUUCGUCCGAGAGGACCUGGCCCGCCGGGUCAACCUCACCGAGGCCAGAGUCCAGGUUUGGUUUCAGAACAGGAGGGCGAAGUUCCGCAGGAACGAGCGAGCUAUGCUGGCCAGCAAAAACGCCUCGCUGCUCAAGUCCUACUCAGGAGACGUGACGGCGGUGGAGCAGCCCAUCGUGCCACGCCCUGCGCCGCGCCCAAACGACUACCUGUCCUGGGGCAGCGCUGCUCCCUACAGCUGGUACCCGAUGCCGGAGGGGGGGCCAGCGCGAGUGCCACAGAAAAUGCUGCCCUCAGAGAACAACGCCAUGGCCACCUACCCGCCCACCUGCUCCAACACCAACACGUCCCAGGGGAUGAACAUGGCCAACAGCAUCGCCAACCUGCGGCUCAAAGCCAAGGAGUACAGCUUGAACCAGGUGCCCACAGUCAACUGAGAGGACGCGGAGAGGCUGGGGGCCCGGUGCGGGACGAGGGGGGCCCCUCUCUGCCGCUGGACCCCUGCAGACGGGCGCCGUCUCCAGGAUGAGCACCAUCUCACACGCCUUAGUGGAGCAGCCUCGACCGUUACACCGAAGAUCGAAAUGUCGGACACCAAGCGAUAGCAGGAUUUUUGCUGAACUCUUGUUUGUACAAAGAGACUUCUAGCCUGGAUGCUGUAGCCGAAUAUCCGCAUAGUUUUACAUUUGUGAUAGUGACUGAAGCGUUUUUCAAUCAGAGGAGGACGGAGACUCGUGUAUGGACUACGUGGAACUGCUUUUGUCCCUUUGGCUGUGGAUAAAACUGCACACCAAAUUUGGGAUCAACAACAACACCUUUUUUCUUUUACCUUUUAAAGUCGACAACAAACUGACGAGGACGUCUGACAUUUAUACAAUUUCUUUCCAAGAGUUAGUUUUGUUUAUCCACAUUUCUUUCCAUGUUAUGCCACUGACGAGCAAACGUUUUCAAUGCAUCUUGAUUUUCAUGUAAUAGUCCAGUAUAAAGGAGAGGCUAAUGUAUUUCUGAAUCCAAAACCAGUAGAUUCUCUUCAUUUCCUAUGAUAUCCUUUAUUUGUAAUGGAAUAAAAUUUUGUAUAUUAAUAAAAAUGCAUUUCAAGCAA